GCAGGACGGCCGCUUAUAAGACGGGCUGUGCGCCCGCUCCGGGCCACUAGUUGCACGGUUGAGACCAUGGCGUCUCCUUGCCUGCUCGCUUUGCUGCUACUGCUCUUCGGAGGAUUCCCUGUCGCCCCCGCCGAGUCGAUUCGAGAGACUGAGGUCAUAGACCACCAGGACUUCCUGGAAGGCAGAUACUCUGGAGCCCUUCCUGAUGAUGAAGAUGCUGGGGGCCUGGAUCAAGAGUCAGAUGACUUUGAGCUGUCGGGCUCUGGAGACCUGGAUGACACAGAGGAGACCAAGACCUUCCCUGAAGUGAUUCAUCCCUUGGUGCCUGUAAAUAACCACAUUCCUGAGAGGGCACAGCCUGGGAUCCGUGUCCCCUCAGAAUCCAAGGAACUGGAGGAGAAUGAAGUCAUUCCCAAAAGGGCCUCACCCUCCGAAGUGGAUAGUGAUAUAUCUAACAAAGUGUCCAUGUCCAGCACUGCCCAGGACGGCAACAUUUUUGAGAGGACCGAGGUCCUGGCAGCUUUGAUUGUGGGCGGCGUGGUGGGCAUCCUCUUCGCCGUUUUCCUGAUCCUGCUGCUGGUGUACCGCAUGAAGAAGAAGGAUGAAGGCAGUUACGACUUGGGCAAGAAACCCAUCUACAAAAAAGCCCCCACCAAUGAGUUCUACGCGUGAAGUUUCCCUUGAGUGCUGCUUGGACUUAAUGGGGAGGGGAGUCAGAGGAUUGGACGGUGGGCAUUUGUAGAGGGAGGGCAAUUAGUACUGACUUGUCAGUGUCUCCGUCUCUGGUCACCUUUCUGGGGUCAGAAGAAAGAUCAUCUUCUACUGUGCUGCCUCACUUGGAUUUGGGGGUGGAGGUGCAUGGGUCUCGGUUGCCCUGGCAGAAAAAAAGGGGUUGAACUUGCCCUAUCUAAAGGCAAGCCUGGGUUUGGGUCAUUUUUUUUUUCUCUCCAAAUUUCCAGAAUAGAAUCUAGGACCAGUUUAGAGCCUGUAGUGAGUAUGCCACAUCUGUGACAGCCUUGCCCCUGGAAGCCAAGUUGGCUGCCUUCCACACGUGCUGGGGCAAGAAGCUGGAACCCACUGCACCUUGUACACCCUGAGAUGUGCCUGCCCACGUGUGGUGCACACCACAGAGUCUCUGGCACACCUUGGGCCAUUCUAGGCUCUUUCAGUGACUUUGGAACUCAACUGUUUUUUGUUUUUAGUCUGGGGAGGGUGGGGUGAAGUGCUGAAAUGCAUUUGUAGAAGAUUGAUAAAAGCUAAUUUUUAAAGUGGUUCAUUCCUUUAUGUAAGUGCCUGUGCCUGGGCUAAGAGUGGGAAUGUGCAAAUGUUCUGUGUCGAACAUUUCCAUUGCACCAGCUAAGUGUGUGUGUCUUGGUUUUUAUGUUGUUCUGUUUUUUGAAAAUGAGAGAAGAGUUGGAGAUAAUGAUUUUUAUUAAUUUUUGUUACUAUUUAUAGCUUCAGACAGGGCUGCUUCUUCUUCUUCCUUUCUUUACUGUCCCCACCAUUAAAAAAAAUACUCUGCACUGUUUUUUUUAUGACCUUGGCCCUUUCUGAAGUUGCUUUGUCUUAAGAAGUAGCUAUAAUAUUCUAGCAGAUUCCAGACUAUAACGUACGGGAUAGUGGGAUGUUUGUGUACAUGUUCUUGUAAUAUAUUAUCCUUACUUGGCUCUAGAAGAAUAGAAGAAUAUAUUUUUUUAGGAUAUAGAAUGGUUUUACCAGUUUCAUAUUGGCUCGGGUGGCUGCGUGAGUGAAUUUUUGUGUGACUGAGUAGGCUUUGCCCCCUUCUCUUGCCCUGUGCCUGGUGCCUUCUUGUGGUUGAGCUGGAGUAGUCGAGGGUGGCUGACUCUUAACCCUCGUCCUGCCUCCUGCUGGGGGCCCAGCAGCAUAGCUUCUGGGGCUGAUUUCUCCAGGCUUCUCUAGAUGACAGUGACCUCAUGUGGCUGCAUAAAUCAGGUCGGUUCAGACCACAUGGUUAGAAAUCCAUUCCUCAGUUGCGCUGGCCACAAAUCAGAGUGCUCGGUCACCAUCCACAGAGCACAUUGCUAAGAGACUUAAGCUGGCUUAGGUGACUGCUCAGCUUUGCUUGUCUCCCGGAGCAAGGGAAGGGGACCAGGAGGAAGGUGAUGAGGCCCCAGUGAGUUCUGUAGCCUGGGACCUCUCCCUCUUACAGAGUGGCUUACAUCCAGGGUGUGUGUGGGUUGGGGAGAUCGUAUUCCCUCAACCAUACCCGUGCCUGCAAGUCCCAUCAGCACCUGGGUGCGGUCCCAGCUGGCUGGGUCCUCUUCUAGCCUCGGGGCCUCCACCCUUUCUGUACCCUCUCACACUGUCGUCUGUUACUGAUUUCUUUUUUGAUAAAAAGGUAAUAAAACCUGGUACUUUCUA